AUGAUCCGCUAUGUCCCGUUUCAGCCCAGCGCUGCCCCACCUCCGGUGGUCGCCUUCCUGGCGACCCCGGCUGAAGCUUCGGAGGAACCCCACAGGCCAGAGCCCCGCCUCCUCGCCCGAAGCGUUGCUUCGGAGGAGCAGAGGCCGAGACCUCGGCCCAGCGAGGUUCAGACGGAGGACUCGCCCCCUGUACAACCCACAGAGGUCCAGUCCGACCAGGCCGAACAGGUCUCGUCGCCCUCAGUGCAGAAGCCACGGCUGCUCGGCUUCUCCGAGUUCUGGCAGCCAGCGGUGCGACAGUUCUGUGACCUCUACUUGCGAAGACGCUGGGCACCGAUACUGCGUGCCCUGCUGCACUUGCAAGUGGGCCACUGGCGGCAACUCUUGGACUUCGGUGCAGGCUUCCGGACCUUCGUCUUCGAUCCCAACAGCAUUGAUCCAGUCCCACGUGUCCUACCAUGGGAGGUCUUACAAUAUGUCUGGCUUGUUGUGUUCAUGGCGUGCAGCCUGCCCAGCCCGCCAUCCGACGCGGAGUCGAUGCCACUCUUGUACUUGCAGCUGGCCCUGUUUCUGCGCGCCUUGUGCCGGCCCACGCAUCCCACCGGCAAGCCUGCGGCCGGCCCGCCGCCAGUGGUGCAGUUCCUGGUGCUUGUCCUAGGCUGCCCGGCCACAGCCUCCUUGCUGCGUGCCACGGCCGAAGCCUACGCUUCAGGGCCGGCCGCCUUGCAAAGUGCUGGAGGCUGGGAGGCGUGGACAGUUGCCUUUGAGACGGCCUGGAGAUCUGAGGGCUGGCACGUCCUCCGAUCUUGCAAGGCGGUACUUGGCGAGCUCUAUCCAGGUGAGGGGCGUGGUGGCACCAGCGGCGCGCCCACACUGAGUCUGCAGCCGCACUGA